AUGGACGGAGGGAUGGUUUCAAUAUCAAAUUUGCCUGCCGAUAUGCUCCUGGAAAUUCUGAAAAGACUCCCAGCAAAAACACUAAUGAAAUCCAAGUGCGUUUCCAAAUAUUGGCUUAACAUAAUCCGCGACUCUUCCUUCGCAGAGUCCCACUUCAAUCACGCUCGAACUCAUCGCUCCGAAGACGCCUCGCACCUUCUGUUCGCCACCGUCUUGAACUACUGGACCCAUCCAAUACGCACAAUUUACCCAGCCACCAACGACGAUCUUUCCUUAAGCUCUCAACUUCCGUCGCAUACUUUUGGCCAAUAUUUUCAACCUUGCUCCAACGUUGUCAACGGCCUUGUUUGCGUGUGUUUAGUCGAAUUCUACCAUCAAAGCCAGCAUUGUAUUUGGGUGCUCAAUCUUACCACCACCGAGAAGAAACCCCUCCCAGAGCCGCCAAGCUUGAAGGCUUUUAAAACUAGGUAUCCCCAUGUCAAUCUCUACGGCACCAGCAGAUUCUAUCUAGGGUUUGAUCAAAUCUCAAACAAGUACAAACUUCUACACGAUAUGCUAGGGGCUUGCGAGGUCCUCACCUUGGGAAUUAACCAAACCUGGAGGCAGGUACGAGGAAACCCAGGUGUAGAAGAUGAUUUAGGGUUAAAUAGGAUUCGAGGAGGAGAAGGCUUCAUUCUUCAAGGAUACGGACACGCAGGCAUGGCUUCCAUUAAUGGCAGAAUCUAUUUCAGAAACCUAAGGGAGAGGGUUAUAGUAUUCUUCGAUUUGAAGGAGGAGAAAUUCCUACAAGUCGCUAUUCCACAAAGCAUAGAGGGCAUUUCCUAUAAAACGGGCCUAGUCGACUUGGGAGGGAAAUUAGGUGUUGUCGUCGGACUCUAUGAGCCCGUAAGCCAACUCCGAAUUUGGAUUUUGGAAGACGAUCACGACCAUAAUAACAUUAAUAAUAAUAAUUGGGUUGAGAAGAGAUUAACAUUACCAGAUGUUUAUUACGUGGAAACAAUGGGCGUCACAGGCAAUCACAAGCUCAUACUUUACUGUAAGCAUACGUCCAUCCGUUUUACCCAACCUUCUUACUUUUUCUAUUAUGAUUUGAAGACGUUGGAACGUAUAACCACUACUGCGAUCACGAUGGAGCCACACAGAGAUCCUAUUUUGUACAAUUUUGUCGGAAACAUUGUCCCUUUGGAUCAGAUAUGA